AUGGGAGUGAAUUCAAAGCAUACACAAGAGUCAUUUUCAAAUGGGAAAAUUAAUCAGAAAGCAACGAAUGAAAAAAAGAUCAUUGAGCUUUGCGAUGUAAAUGAAAUAACUACAUUAAAAAAAUUAAAAUAUUUAUCUCUUCUCGCAUUUCAAAGGGAGAAAAAUAUCGAGCAACAUAAACAGAGCAUGAUGUGCGAAAUGUUAUGCGGGAAUUUUCUUUGUAAUGUUGUUGCUUGA